AGAUUCGCAACACUUUCAGCAUCUCCCAAUUCUGCUUUCACGUAGGCUUUCGCCAUCAGGCCUACAACUUAUAGCAGAAAUUAUGUCGACAAUAGAGACAGAGACUCACCAGGACUCGACCACCCAGGUUCGGGUGCGUCUUACAACGCGGGAUGCCGACCUUGCACUCCCACCAGAGAGUUCUGGACCAAUCUUGGUUUCAACAGGACUCCGACGAUAUGCGCUCUCAACACUGGUCAAUACGCUCCUUGAAUCUGAAAAGCCUGUCCCGUUUGAAUUCCUCAUCAAUGGCACAUUUCUCCGCACCUCGCUCGAUGAAUACCUGACUGCGAACGGAAUCUCUGCUGAGACGACACUUACGCUUGAAUACGUUCGUGCGCGUGUACCUCCUUCCCACAUUGCCUCGUUCGAGCACGACGACUGGGUGAGCGCAGUCGAUGUCCUUUCCUCCAAGUCUGCAGCUGCAUCCUGGGCCACCGAUGCGCCCGUUGCACCAGGUCAAGAGCGGAUUCUAUCAGCCAGCUAUGACGGCCUCUUGCGCGUGUGGAACACAUCGUCUCAGCUUCUCGCAACAUCACCCUCUCCCUCUGAAGGCGGUCACUCCAACUCAAUCAAGGCCGCCAAAUUCCUGUCCCCCAGCCAGAUUGUCUCGGCCGGCCUUGACCGCACCGUGCGUGUAUGGAACUACACCGCCGACAACACGCUCAAGCCCGCUCUCGAGCUCUACGGGCACAAAUCGAGCGUUGACGCUCUCGCCGUGCACGCUCCUUCGAAGCGCAUCCUGUCCGCUUCCGCCGACCACACGGUUGGAAUCUGGUCAACCACCAAGUCCGGCGCUCCUGCCGCCCCAUCCUCUCUCAUUUCCUCUACCACCUCUUCAUCUUCAUCUUCUAAGCGCCGCAAGGUCGCCCCCGGUCCCGCCGUCUCAGCCCCCCAGCGUGGCCCGCUCGGCCUGCUCCACGCCCACACUGCACCCGUCUCAGAUGUCAUCUUCUCCCCCGCCGACUCCACCGUCGCAUACUCGACCUCUCUCGACCACACUCUCCGCACAUGGGAUCUGACAAACCCCACUGCCGCCCCCGUCUCUACCCGGACGACCGCCCACUCUCUGCUCUCUCUGACCGCCCUGCCGUCCCUGCACCUUCUCGCGGCCGGCACGUCCGCGCGACACAUCACCCUCAUUGAUCCUCGCGACUCCGCGGCCUCCAUCUCCGCACUCACGCUCCGCGGCCAUGCCAAUGCCAUCGUCUCUCUCGCCGCGGACCCCAGCUCGCCGUACGGCCUCCUGUCCGGCUCCCACGACGGCACGGCCCGCGUGUGGGACGUCCGAUCGACGACGAAGAACCUGCUCACCCACGGCGUCGGCGCAGGCGAAUCCGUCGGCGAAAGCGUCUAUGUCAUUCCUCGAGAGUCGAGAAAGGAAACCGCUGCCAAUGCGAACGCUACCGUCGUCGGCGGAGAAGGCGUCAAGGUCUUUGGCGUCGCCUGGGAUCCGGCUGUCGGUAUCCUUUCUGCCGGCGAAGAUCGUAGAGUCCAGAUCAAUCGCGGAGAAGGCGUCAUUCAGACUGCAUAGUCUUUGUUCUAGAUUAGGGUUGUCCGAUACAUUUAGAUUCGUCUUUGUUCGUUCGUUCUAUUAUUGUUUACUGAUCUGUUUGUUUUUAUUUUUUUUUUUUAUGUCUUGGAGGACUGGCGUUUUAUUCUCAUUUUCCCUUUCCCCUUUUGCCCUUUCCUUUCUCUUUCCCUUUCUGUCCCCAUAAAGAUCUUCUCAGACGC